CUUCGUACUACCACGGAUUUCCGACGUACGAAGGACAUAAACGUGUUUACAUUGUUCGCCAUGACGCCAGGCCCACCCGAGAAGCGACCUCGGCGUGCACACGUGAAAUCCAGAAGCGGCUGCCAUAAUUGCAAGAAAAGAAAGGUCAAGUGCGGCGAAGAACGUCCGUCUUGCCGGAACUGUUCAAGGCGAGGAGAGUCAUGUGAUCUUCCCGAUCAGCCUGUAGUUACGGAAACUCCAGCAGCUCGACCUCCGGAAUCUUGCACGGGCCAAACCAUUGAUUCCGGACACAAUGAACCUGCACAGUCUGUUCUGUCACCUUCCGUGGGUGGCUUCAAUGCCAGUGGCAGCGCGGGCUCCCAUGGGCUCACACUCUUGGACAUGGAGCUUCUUCAUCACUACAGCAUAUCGACUCACCGCACGAUAUCUUCGGACCCAAUAGUUCGAGAAUGGUUUCUAGUGAAUGUUCCUCAACUGGGCUUUUCGCAUCCAUACGUGCUCUACUCUGUCUUAGCACUAUCGGCAUCACACCUAGCGCACUUUCGACCAAAAUCUCGACGAUACUACUAUGCAGAGGCCACAUCUCGUCAUACCCUCGCCACAUCCCUGGCCACACCUCUACUUUCAAACAUCUCCACGGCGAACUUGAUACCAAUGUACGCUUUCAGUACUCUUACAAUGUUCAUCUCCUUUGCCAAUCUCAACGAAGAGUACGACCUUUUCUUCGAUGCAAACAAUGUCAUACCCACAUGGCUUACCCUAUUUCGUGGCAUUCGCACAGUGCUCGAAUCGAAUGAUCGAGCUGUUCUGUCAUCAUCAAUUUCCUUUCUCUUUCAUGACAGACAGGAUACGAACACGAACUGGGAGUCCAGGAAGCCAAACCACGACGCGCUAAAAGAAUUCCAAGACCAUAUCGCAUCCGAAGAUGAGUACAUACGCAACCAUCUAUCAGACGCUUUUGAUAAUCUUCGAUCCGCUUUUUAUGCCUUCUACGGCGAGGACCUCUCCAUCGAGAGUAAAGUCCGCAGCAUCUUCACAUGGCUUUACCGGAUCCCCGAUGAAUACAUCGACCUGCUGCGACGGAAAAAUCAAAAAGCACUCUGCAUUCUAGCAUUCUUUUGUGUACUACUUCAUCGUUUGGAAUACAAUUGGUGGCUGAAAGGCUGGGGCACACAUUUGAUUGAUCGGAUCUACACAGCUCUGGACGAAGUCCACCGUUUCUUGAUAAGGUGGCCUAUACAAGAAAUUGGAUGGGUGCCGUAG